AUGGAGGAGCCAGUAGUGGCUGGUGAGGUGAGUGAGCAUCCCCCUAGAAUCCCAAGUCCUCCACGCAAGAAGACGAAGACACAGAAGGGUACCGACUCUUCUGUGAAAAAGUCGAAGAGGAAAAAGAGGCCCGUAGAAGAAGAGAGCCCAACUGUACCUCUGCCAAAACCAAAGAAGAGGAAAACAAAGAAGGCUAAACCAAAAGAGCCUGUGAUCACAGAGGCCAUAGCAGAAGAAAGCCCGACAGAGGCUACAACAAAACCCAAGCGCAGAAGGUUGCACAAGAUGGUCCACGAUGUCUCCCCAACAGAACAAAUUCAGGAUGUUCUGUUGAAUAUCCAGAAAGAGUUCAGGGUGCCAAUUGCUGAAACUCAAUUGGGGAUAGAAGUCAUUCUAGAUGACGAAGAAGAAGAGGUAGAAGUGUUAGGUGAGGGUGCAAAAGAUGCCGAAGGCACACAUCCAAGCCCACCCCUAGUGCAUCCCAAAUGUCUAGAGGCCCUGUUCUAG